AUGGCAAAACUCACUGAUGAUGCCGACUACGAUGCCGGCGAACAGUUUGAGAAUGUAUCAAGUCCACUGUCAGAUGCUGGGAAUCAUGACAACUACUAUGGCAGACGACUUCGGUGCGUUCUACAUGGUCUCCCUAAAAAAAAGACCAAGCCUGUAGGCAAAAGAAAAGAAUGGUUGAAAAAGGGUCCGGGAUCGCGCAACCAGGCUGGGUUGCGCGACGAGGAAGUAUUGCGCUAUAUCACAAGGUAA